GUAAAAAUAGAAAACACAAGACACGAACCGUUCCCAAUUUGGUGUGUGAGUAUUCGCGCUUUUUCUGAUGCUUUAUUUUUCUCUCAAAUUCUCGUUAAUUUCUGCCGCAGAGGUGACAGAGAAAUUAGGGCAUAUUUUGGAUAUUGAUUGGUGAUUUUGGUAAAUGGGGAGGGUUUUCGCGAUUGAUUUGGAUGGAAGCAUGUAUAUUUGCAAGCACUGCAAAACGCAUCUCGCGUUGCUUGAAGAUAUUGUAUCUAAGUCUUUCCACUGCAGGCAUGGGAAGGCUUAUCUCUUUAAUAAAGUUGUGAAUGUUAGUGUCGGGGAGCAAGAAGACCGGAUGAUGAUGACUGGAAUGCACACUGUUGUCGACAUAUUCUGUGUGGGUUGUGGAUCAAUUGUGGGAUGGAAAUAUGAAGCUGCUCAUGAGGAGAGCCAAGAAUACAAAGUUGGGAAAUACAUUCUGGAGAGGUUUAAGGUUGAGGGUCCAAAUGGAAGCAACUAUUCGAUCACUCAAGAAUCACCGACGGUUGGAAGCGACUCACCGACGGUUGGAAGCGACUCGCAGACAGUUGGAAGCGACACCGAUGACAUGUGAUUAUUAUCUGGAGUUGUCUGAUCCUAGCAAUCUUUAUCAACUGUACAUCCUCAACCAUAAAUUUCCUUAUUUUCUGCCAAUUUUUAUCUACAUGUUAUGUUCUACAGGUGAACAUAGUUCAUUUGGGAGAAUGGGUAGUUACUCUGAAUAUCAUUGUUGACUUCUAACAUAUUCUGUGACAUCUUUUCCACUCUUUAGAAAUACAUGUGUAGAGAAGAAAAAUGGUGACUGAUAGAUAACCUUUGGUAAAAUCCAAAUUUUGGAAGGAUACAAAAUACUGUAUUAUACUAUACAAAAAGAUAAAUUGUAGGAGUACAUGAAUUGAUAGGUCAUUUGGGGAAAUGCUACCCAUGCCCUACUAUUUUUUUCAUCUUUAAUCAUUAUAAUUGGAAUUUCGUUUUUUCUUUA